UAUUUUGUGGGAGCAAAAACGUGCGACAGAACAGUCCGGCUGAAUAUGUAUCUAGGGUAGGGAUAUGACACCUCCUUGAAGAAAGGAGAUUUAGCAGUAGAAUUCAAAGUCAACAGCAAAGAGCUAUAUAAUGGAACUCCAAAGCAAACCACCAUGCAUGUUUCCCCAGCUUCUUUUCUUUCAUUUUUCUCAUACAAAAUUAUCUGUUCUCUCUAUUUCCAGCAGCCGGAAUCAGAAUGAUGAAAGUUUCGCCGCAAAUAUCAAACUCGGAUGCAAGUACCAUGUCUGAGAAUGGUACAGAACUGAGUAUUGUUAUCCAUCACACGGAGGAUUCACAAUCACUGCCACUCGAAAGAAGUUUACCAGAGCCCGACAAAACGCAGAAAAGGCAAAUAUAUAUAACAGCAGCUUCUGGAAAUUGGAUUGAGGCUUCAUCCUAUUAUAAAAUUCAUCCUUAUUGGUGGCGAAUUCCAUUAAACGGUGUCGGAACAACAGCCAUACACGUUGCAGUGAGCAUGGAACAUACUACUUUUGUGAAAGAGUUGAUGCAUUGUAUGGACAAAGAAGAUUUGGAAAAUUACAAGGCAGAAGGGAACACGGCCUUUUGUUUGGCUGCGAUGACUGGAAAUGUGGAAAUUGCUAAAAUUCUGUUUUGCAAGAAUCCAUGGCUGCUGUGGAUUAGAGACCAAAACCAUAUGCUUCCAAUUGAAAUAGCAUCUUCUGCA